AUAAUGUAAAAACAAAACUAGUUUUUAAAAGCCUUACACCUUUUUUCUUACUCCCAAUAUGUGCUGUGACAAAUCGCACAGAAGUUGCAUUAACCCAUUUUGUACUGGUUACUCCAAUUCAACAGGUGGCGACGGGCUGCUUUUACUCAAAAAAAGUUUCACCUGUUCGGAAGUUGAUGUUGGCUAUGGACGAAGGUGGCGUCGAGGCAGGUCUGCUGUGUGGAGAAGUGGAGGUGAGAGGAAUGUUGGCCGAGCAGAAGAGAGGGAUUCACGUCAGCCAAGUUGAGCUCCUCUGUAAAGAUGGCUGCGGCUAUUAUGGCAACCCAACCUGGCAAGGUUACUGCUCAAAGUGCUGGAGAAAGAGGACCCAUAAGACUGAAACCAACAGACAGGAGAAUGAGUUUGAGGAGAAGAAAAAUGUAGAGAAGGGUAGACGUUCCAGCAGUGUGAUGCGGCUCUUCUGGGGAAGUCCUUCACCACCAAGACAAGAGUCCCCAGAAACCCCAGUAGCAGCGCUGAAGGCUUUUCAGAGCUUGGAGCCUGGAGACUUCCCCGGCUUCCUUAAAGUGCUGCACAGUUCAUCCUCCCAGCGCCUGCAGUCUCAGUGCACAGCUUUCCUCAACACCAUUGAGGCCUACCAUGACCUACCCAUUCAGAAGCAAUCAGACCUGGUGCAAGAUUUCUACCAGAAUAUUGCUGAUCACUUCAGCAGUCUGCCAGAGGAACAAGUUUCUCAAAUGAUGGAGCACAUUGAGAAGUUGAUCAUGACCCAUUUGCACAAGUGGGUCUUUUGUCAUGAUAGUUGUGAUGACGAGCAGAAGGACCUGACACUCCAAAGGAGGAUCAAGUCAUUAAACUGGGUCAGCCCUCAGAUGCUUUGUGUGCCUUACCCUAAUGGUGGAUCAGAUAUCAGUGAUCCAUAUUUGCCAGCAAUUACAGCCAUCAUUGAGAUGGAUGCCAAACGCGCGCCACAGGACAAACUGGCUUGUUUGUCCAGGUGUAGUCAGAACGUGUUCCAGGCCCUCGCCUUGACCAAUAACCAGCCGGCAAAUGCAGAUGACUUCCUGUCAGCUCUGGUUUAUGUCGUGCUGAGGGCAAAUCCACCCCGCCUUCACUCCAAUGUGAACUACAUCAUUCGCUUUGGCUUGCCUCAAAGUCUGAUGGCGGGGGAGAGCGGCUACUACUUCACCAACCUGUCAUGCACAGUGGCCUUUAUUGAGAAGCUGGAUGGCCCAUCCCUAAACCUCACUCCAGAGGAAUUCAACAGCUAUAUGCAGGGACGAAGAGUACCUCCUCAGCCUUUGGAGGGCGACGGCAAGAAGAGGGCCCGUGAAAACCGCGAGCAGCUGGAAGAGCUGAAGAAGCGGCAGGAGAGCGUAGAGCAGGGGGUACGAGCUCUUCAGGAGCAGCUGGAGCAGUGGGUGCAUUGCGUGCAGGAGCAGGUGGACGAGGUCAGGGGUCAGUCCACGCUGGUGCACCGCUGCCUGGCUGAGGCCCUGGAGAAGCCCACCGGCAAUGUCAGAGAUCACUCUCUGUCAGCCCUCAAAGAUGGUGUUGACCAGAGGAUUAAGUAUAAAGAGUCAAGCUAGCUACAUGUUGUUCAUGCUGCAUCUACACCGACAGGUGAAGCCCAGUCAUUUUCUAGAUAAUGAGCAUGUAUAUUAAAAAGCCAGACACAUUUAGAUGGUACUAAUAUAAAUCCUAAAUCCUUUAUCGGCCAAAGCAAAUAGCAAAUGCUGUAAAUACUUGCAUUAGUACUGACACUAAAAUACAAAUUUUACCAGUUUAAAAUAGUCUUGGUACUGUAUUUGGAAAUGGCCUUUUAUCUACAAAACAGUAGAUGUAAAUGUCAAAAUUUGCAAAAAGACCAAAUAGUAUUGAUGACAUAAGACACAUGGCUGGUGUAAGACUGGUGUAAGUAUUUAAGCUGAACACAUCUUUGGGCUGUGCUAUAUGUUGAGCUAGCAGUGUCAGGGGACCAUUCUGCUGGCACCUUAAAUCUGGCAUUUGAAAUUGAAGUAAACCUUGAAAUAUUUAGUCAAUGGCCAAUAAAUCUCUGAAAAGAUAUACUAAUUCAAAUCUGUAGAAGAGAUUAAUAAAAAUAGUAAAGUGCAGAUGUUUACAAAAUAGUUUAUUGUGGCAGGACUGCACUGUGUAUGCCAUACCUUUUCAUUAACUGUGUUGCAUAAAGAACAAGGUAUUCAAUUUCAAAGUAUAGUCUGACAAAAUCCAGUCUUGUAAAGAUGUAUAUUCACUUUAAGUUUUAGACCCCCACACCUGUCGUGUAAAUGCAGCCUACAUUACUGUGACAACUUGUGUUAGUUCUAAUCUCAAAUACCCUCAACCCUCUUCUUGCCAAUUCAAACUCUGUGUGGUAGUUAUUCCUAGUUUCUCAGACCUAGACUAAGCCUUUAUUUUGGUCUAACAGUAGGCUUAAUCGAUGUCUGGCCAACUGGUACGUUAUUUAUUAUAAUUUACCUUUGUGUACUAUAGAACAUGGUGUACUUUGUACUUUGCUUAUAGGAGUUAUUUUUUCCUUUUUUCCUUUAAUGUCAUAUUUUGCCACACACCAAGCACGAGCUGCCAGUCACUUAAUGUUCAGAGCGAUAGACGAUGCAUGCUGUUCUGUUUACAUGUUUUAUUACCAUUAAUGUCCCUGUAAGAAGUGAUUAGAUUUGAAUGAGGUUGCACAGUGAACUUGUACAGAGACUUAUUGCACUUUCACGGGUUCCAGCUCACCAAAUUGGGCUGAGCUGCUUUUACGGUACGUGCACUAUAAACAUCCUAUAGCCUCUGAGGGUGACAGAUGGAGGUUCGUUCUGUUAACUGGGACCAGUCUGAGAAGGAUGGUUUAUGCAGGUGGAGCAAAAACUUUAUUCAUUAACCUAAAGGACUACCAGUUCUACUGUUACUUUUGUUUACAUGUUUUAAGUGAAGGCCAGCAGGAUGUGAAAGAAAAAUGUGAAAAAUGAAAUUGUUCUCAGUUAUUAAUAAUGUACAUACAAAUGAAAUAGCAUCUUGUAUAACCAUAUAGAGUUUUAUAUGUUAAAAUCUAUUAAAAGUGAUCAAACCCUG